CCCACUAAAGAAAAUGAGAGCUCGCGUGUGACGCGUUUGUGUAUCCUCAAGUGUUUUUUAGUGUUAAUGAAGAGAUGGAUGUGAUUUGCUGUAAAUCAGAAGAAACUGAUGAGGGUUUACAGGAUGAUGAAUCUACUGAUCAAACCUCCACAGAGUCUCUGGAUUCUGUCUGUAACGCUGGAGAACAGCAGCAGAUCCUGCAGACCAAUCUCAAGAUGUGUUCAGUCAAACUCAUCGACUGCAGGAACCUCAUGAUGAAGAUCAAAACUGAACCCACAGAAGAUGAUUAUGUAGACAAUCAUAAUGGUGAUGUGAAGAGUGAACCAUAUUCAGAAGAGCGAUGGACAGCACAAACUCUUUCCUGCAUCACCUGUGGAAAGACAUUCAGCUCACAGAGACAUUUAGAGAGACAUGAGAGAAAACACACAGAACAGAAACUCUUCACCAGAUCUGAGAUCAGCUUUACUACCAUACAAGAGAAGAAACUUCAUUCAGAAGAGCACACAGACAGGAAGAAGAAGAAGAAGAAGAAGCAGUUUCAAUGUGAGCAGUGUGGGAAGAUUUGUGUCUCUUCUUCUAAUCUGAACAUUCACAUGAGGACACACAGUGGUGAAAAACCUUUCAACUGCACUCAAUGUGGCAAAUGUUUCAGCACCAAUGGAUAUCUUGUUGUUCAUCGGAGAAUUCAUACAGGAGAAAAACCUUACAAGUGUCCUCAAUGUGAGAAGAGAUUCAGACAACAAGGCGAUCUAAAGAGACACAUGCGUUUACACACUAAAGAGAGACCGUAUCAGUGCAGUCAAUGUGACAAAAAAUUUAGGGAUUCAGGUUCAUUAAAAUUACACAAGAAUAUUCACUCUGAAGAAAAACACUAUCAAUGUUCACACUGUGAUAAACGUUUUAGUCUUCAAUACAGUCUUAUAGCCCAUGAGAGUAGUCAUACUAGAGAGAAACUUUACAUCUGUACCAUCUGUGGGAAGAGUUUUAAACAACAUGCCAAUUUAGUUUCACACCAGAGAACUCAUACAGGUGAAAGACCUUACAAAUGCUCUCAGUGUGAGAAGACUUUUGCUCGAUCAAAUGUCCUGAAAACCCAUCAGAGAGUUCACACCGGAGAGAAACCUUACCACUGUAAUGUUUGUGGGAAGAGUUUUAGACAACGUGACAAUUUAGUAAGGCACCAGCAAAUUCAUACAGGUGAAAGACCUUACAAAUGCUCUCAGUGUGGGAAGACGUUUGCUCAGUCAAAUAACUUAAAAGCCCAUGAGAGAAUUCACAGUGAAGAGAAACCUUACGUCUGCUCUCAAUGUGGAAAGAGCUUCUUUGAUCCAUCUCAUUUGAGGAUUCAUCUGAGAGUUCAUACCGGAGAGAAACCUUACAACUGCAAUGUUUGUGGGAAAAGUUUUAAUCAACAUGCCAAUUUAGUGUCACACCAGAGAACUCAUACAGGUGAAAGACCUUACAAAUGCUCUCAUUGUGAGAAGACGUUUGUACGAUCAUAUUCCUUAAAAAUCCACGAGAGAAUUCACACUGGAGAGAAACCUUACGUCUGCUCUCAAUGUGGAAAGCGCUUCACUGAUUCACAUUCUAUCAAAGUUCAUCUGCGAGUUCACACCGGAGAGAAACCUUAUUUCUGUAAUGUCUGUGAGAAGAGUUUUAGUCAACAGUCCAACUUUCUAAUGCACCAGAGAACUCAUACAGGUGAAAGACUUCAUAAAUGUUCUCAAUGUGAGAAGACGUUUGCUCGAUCAGAUGCCUUGAAGACCCAUCAGAGAGUUCACACAGGAGAGAAAUCUUACCACUGAGAUUUGCUCAUUUCAGAAGUUUGCAGUGUCAUCAGAAGAACAAACUACACUGAAAUCAUCAUAGCGUCACAACCUGUAAACGAUAUGCAAAAGGUACAAAUCCCAAAGUAAACGAUGACGUGAAGCUCUUUUUCUGGACUACAACAAACACACGGAUUGUAGGCAACAGUUUACUUCCUGGUAUUGGUGAUGUAGUAAAGACCGACAUUAUCAUAAUUCCUCCCACUUCAGACCCACAACCUGUAAGUUAAUUCCUGUCAGCAUUACAUUGUGACUGAAUCUUUCAAACAUGGUAAGGAGCGUCACAUUUCCAGCUGACGUCAGAGGUAUUCAGGCCAAUCACAACGUACAGAUUAGCUGACCAAUCAGGGAUACAGCGCUUUUCAAAUCUAUGAGUUUUGUACAAAAAUCUGCGCGUUUCAGGAAAAGACGGAAAUCUGUAGCUACAGAAAUGUACAAAACCAAAUACACAAAACAACAUUGUUUUUUAGCAAUGAAAUAGGUGCACUUUAAUGACUUGUAAACUAUGUAGAAUUAUGCACUAAAUACUUUGUUGGGGCUUAUUUUGCAUGAAUUACUGCUUCAAUGUGGCGUGGCAUGAAGAUGAUAAGCCUGUGGCACUGAUGAGGGCUUUUUGAAGCCAAAGUUGCUUUAAUAGUAAUACACAAAAAGUACAACAACAGCAUGCAUAAUAGUAGUACUGUCUUAAUAUAGUAUGACUGUGUGACAAUAUGGUUUGUUUCUAUUUAAUAAACGGUUUCAAUUCUUGA